AUGUUUGUGGGCGAUAUCGCAAAGAUCUCCGUGAAGGAAGAUCGGUACUUGAGUCGCCUUCAACGGAUAAAGUGCCCUCUGCCGACUUGUGUCUCUGCGUGGCGUCCAAGCUUCAAGUAUCCAAAUGCCGUCACUCAAAUUGCUCACAUGAUAUCCCAUCAUGCUACAGAUAAAGAAGCUUACGACAUUGCAUUGAAACUUGGGACCAAUUGGAACGCGGCCGAAGUUAUACGAUUUGGAUGCAGCAAACGAUUGCAACGUUUGAAGAGUGGUGUUACUGAUAAUGUUCUACGACUUCUUCAUGUCAUGAUAUGCCACUUGCCAGAUGAGGACGCAGUAACAUGGGUCAAGAAUUGGAUGAAAAAGCACGAAUCUGUCAUGGAGACUGAACCCGUGUUCAAAUUUGACGUGCAAGAAUCGCUAAAUGCUUCUGUAGAAUCUGGCCAGUGUCAAAUAAUGUGCACGUUUUGCAGCUCCUUGGUCGAAGGGCAUAAGUACUUUGCACAUCGGAGACGUGGGAGCGUCUGCUACGAUCAUAAUGACACAAUGUCCACAAAAGCAGAGUCUUCGAUUGAGAAAAGUAAAGAACGGCCAGGUCGAAAACGACGUUUUGGAAUGUUGGAACCAGGCAGAAUACCGGGCUCAUCACACGAAUUAUGA